GGACGCAGCGGACUGUCCCGGCUGGUUCUCUGCAGCCUGGAGGUGGAGAGAAGCUCCCCGCUGACUGGACAUCAGCACCCGGUCGGUUCGGAACCGAUCCGAGCUUUUUAAACAACUUCCGCUUUAAAAACAAAACCGGAAUAAACCAGGAAGAUCAGCGGAGACUCCCCGCGUCUUCACCCCGCCGACAGCUGCCUCUGCCGGGACGCGCUCGGAGCGGCGCACCGCUGGUCUCCGCUGGACCCAAACGGAUCUUCAGUUCAUUUGUUCAGAUGAAACGUUCUCCAGCAGGCUGCUGAACCACUUCAGACAGAGCAGUGCCGCCAUGCUGAAGCCGGGUGACCCCAGCGGUUCGGCCUUCCUCAAGGUGGACCCGUCCUACCUGCAGCACUGGCAGCAGCUCUUCCCGCAGGCCCAGCUCAAGGCUCCGCUGGCCCCGCCACCGCCUCCACCUGCGCCUCCACCAGACCGCCUCUCCAUCGCCGUGGAUGCCCUGCGCCCGUCCCGCCUUCACGCGCACCUCCUGGCCUGCACAUCCUCUUCCUCAUCUUCCUCCACCUCCUCCUCCUCCGCAGCUCCUUCCUCCUCCUCCUCCAUCUCCGCCCCCGCAGGCCUCGCUCAGCUGCCCGUCCCGCAGCAGAUCGCGCUCUUCGGGCAGGCGCUGGCCCCGGCGCCGGGGGCCGCGGCGGACCUGGUGGUGGUGGUCCCCCCGGACAACCAGCAGGGCCACAACCCGGCGGCGGAGCUCCUCCAGCAGGCCAAGGAGCAGCGGUGCGCGGCGGUCGGGGUGGUGUCGUCCAGCGUGAAGAGCGGCGGCGGCGGCGUGGAGGAGAGCGGGAAGGCUGCGGGGGGGCGAUGCAAGCUGACCUCCGAGGAGCUGGACUACUACCUGUACGGCCAGCAGAGGAUGGAGAUCAUCCCGCUGAGCAACCACACCGGGGAGCUCAACAACCGUUGCGACAUGUGUGCAGACAACAGGAACGGUGAGUGUCCGAUGCACGGCCCUCUUCACUCGCUGCGCCGUCUGGUGGGCACCAGCAGCACUGCAGCGCCUGUUCCUCUGCCGGACGUCCCUGAUUGGCUGAGGGAUCUGCCCAGAGAGGUGUGUCUCUGCACCAGUACGGUUCCCGGUCUGGGUUAUGGGAUCUGUGCCGCCCAGAGGAUCCCUCAGGGAACCUGGAUCGGGCCGUUCCAGGGCGUCCCCCUCCUGGUGGACAGACUGCACUCCGGGGCCGUCAGGAACACCAGACACCUGUGGGAGAUCUAUGAUUCAGAGGGAACAUUGCAGCACUUUAUAGAUGGAAACGAUCCCAGUAAAUCCAGUUGGAUGAGGUACAUCCGCUGUGCGAGGCACUGUGGGGAGCAGAACAUGAUGGUGGUCCAGUACAGGUCGUGCAUCUUCUACAGAGCCUGCAUGGACAUCCCCAGAGGAACGGAGCUGCUGGUUUGGUACAACGACUCCUACACGUCCUUCUUCGGCAUCCCGCUGCAGUGCAUCGCUCAGGACGAAAACCUAAACGUUCCAGCUACAGUGGUGGAGGCCAUGAGCAGACAGGAAUCCCUCCAGUCCUUCAGCAAAAACAGCAAGCCAUCCUCGUCUUCAUCGUCCUCCUCCUCCCCUCCGGCCGCGCUGCUGCGCUCCAUGGUCUUCCCCCACGCCCCCUGUUCCCGGAGCUUCUCGCUGCUGGACAAGGUUGGGGUCGGAGUUCAGUCGGACUCUGGCUUCGGCCAGCUGGGCUCGAAGAACCAGCGGGUUCUGGCGAGCCCGACCUCCACCAGCCAGCUGAGCAGCGAGUUCAGCGACUGGCAUCUGUGGAAGUGCGGCCAGUGCUUCAAGACCUUCACCCAGAGGAUCCUGCUGCAGAUGCACGUCUGUCCGCAGAACCCCGACAGGCCGUACCAGUGUGGCCACUGCUCCCAGUCCUUCUCGCAGCCGUCGGAGCUGAGGAACCACGUGGUGACGCACUCCAGCGACCGGCCCUUCAAGUGCGGAUACUGCGGCCGCGCCUUCGCCGGUGCCACCACCCUCAACAACCACAUCCGGACGCACACCGGAGAGAAGCCGUUCAAGUGUGAGCGUUGCGACCGCAGCUUCACGCAGGCGACGCAGCUCAGCCGCCACCAGCGACUCCCCAACGAGUGCAAACCGGUCAACGACAGCACCGAGUCCAUCGAGGUGGAUUAACCUCUGACCUCUGGCUGCCCGCCGCCUCACCGUCCAUCCAUCUGUCCACAGUAAGCCGACAUGUCCACACCUCAGAGUCUGACACAUCCAGAUGUCUGCCCUCCUCGCUGCGGCGUUCCCGCUGCGGCGUUCCCGCUGCGGCGUUCCCGGACUCCACCGACGUUCAUCCCGUUUACAGAAAUCUAAAAUCACGGCAGAAAUCAUCCGAUCCUCUGGUCUGUUUCUGCUGUCGGACUCGUGCAGAAACAGAUCCGGGUUCAGAGAAACGGAGUGAAAACCUCGACUCCACCAAACCAAAGAUCCGACCGGUCGCAGCGUUCUGGACACGGAUAUUUACUGGAGACUUCUGGGAAUACCAACAUGCUUUGUUCCAAAGAAAACCUUCUGAAAAGCCAAAUAAAGCGUCUGAUUGUCUUCCUGCAGCUUUACCUCCAGGUGACGGACAGAGAGGCUCACCGACCCGUUUACGGUCCAAACCCACAGCAGCGACUGUAGAACCAGAAAAGAGAAAAACAUAAAUAUUCUAUUUAUCUUCCUGCUCAUAUUGUGCUGCAAGCACUUUUUAUUUUGAAACGUUAAUAUUUGCAGCUCUAAUGUUGAUACAUGUACAGAGGGAUUUCUUAUAGAAAUGAUCCCAGAGUUAAUAUGAAGCAUGACUUCAAUCAUCUUCACAUUUCAGAUGUUUCUACUUCCUGUUUCCUGUUUUCUAAAUCUCCUCUGAAGGAAACUCGACUCUGAAUGUUUUAAAAACUCACCUUCCUUCUUCUCUCAAAGAGUUUAUUGAUGCACCAAAAGCCUCAGACGUGUAAAUAAUGAUGAAGAUCCGUUUUGUGUUGAAGCUCUGAAGGUUAAAGGUCGUUGUGCCUGAGAGUUAAAAAGCUUUAAAUCGGCUCCUAUCCAAAGAAACACCGAAAAUCAGCACAAAGGGAUGUUUCACUGAGGACAGGAAACUGACUAACACGUUUAAAUUUAAUAAUAAAAGGUUUGGACAACGUGACCACUAAUCAUCGAUGUCACGGACAGAUUCUGGACAUUUCAGAAUAAAUGACUAGAAUGAGGGAAAGACGCAGCAUUUUAUUAAAAUGUUGGUUCUACCGGAUCUCCCUCUUCAGAACCCGGCUGAUUUAAAUCGGUUUGUGUCACCGGGCCGGACUCUGAGCCCUGAGGAACUCCUCCCUCCUGAGUGAAGCAUCUCUGUUUUCACGGCGCAGACUGAGCCGAUGCUGGAUGUGUACAGGUUUUAUAUGACUCCUCAGAUCCACUUCCUGUUUGGAUCCAGAGGAUCUGAAGUCAGUUUGAAAAAUCAAACAAAUCUGUGAUUUCUAAAACUUUCCAUGUUUAAUAUGAACCAAAGAUCCAGGUUGAGUUUAGGUUCUGCUUCCCGUUGAUCUGAUCUCUGCAUGAGUUUCAUCUUUUGGUUUGUUUUUUUAACAAACAUCAUAAAUCAAAAUAACUUUGAUCUGUUGGAAAUAAAACUG